AUGAUGACCAUGAACGGCAAGCAGCAUUUCUCCAUGCACCCGGCCCUGCACGAGCCGCCAAAGUAUCCCGGCCUGCACUCAGGCUCGGAGGGCAUGCGCAGAGUCUGUCUGCCCGGCCCGCAGCUGCAGGGCAAUAUAUUCGGAGGCUUUGAUGAGAGCCUGCUGGCACGGGCAGAGGCUCUGGCGGCUGCUGACAGCAUUGUCUCUCACGGCAAGAGUCACCCGUUCAAACCAGACGUGACUUACCAUACCAUGAGCAGUGUCCCCUGCACCUCAGCCUCCUCCUCUUCCUCCACCACCGUGCCCAUCUCCCACGUCCCCUCCACCAUCGCCUCCCACCACCAUCACCACCACCACCACCUCGGACAGACCCUGGAGGCCGGGGACCUCCUGGAUCAUCUCUCCAACAGCCUGGCCGUGACCGGGAUGGGGGCUCCGGAGCCACCCGGGAUGAACACGUCGGCGCACCACCACCAGCAUCCCCAUCACCACCUUCAGACCAUGGGGCAGCUGCACCAGGCGAUGGCCACAAUGGCGCACCCUCACUCUCUGUCCGUGCACGGCGGCAUGGCGUGCGUCAACGACGUAGAGUCUGAUCCGCGUGAACUGGAAGCCUUCGCCGAGCGCUUCAAGCAGAGAAGGAUCAAACUCGGAGUGACCCAGGCGGACGUUGGAUCUGCUCUCGCCAACCUGAAGAUCCCCGGAGUGGGAUCUUUGAGCCAGAGCACCAUCUGCAGGUUCGAGUCCCUCACCUUGUCCCACAACAACAUGAUCGCGCUAAAGCCAGUUUUGCAGGCCUGGCUGGAGGAAGCAGAGGCUGCUUACCGGGAGAAAAGCAGUAAGCCGGACAUUUUCAACGGGAGCGAGAGGAAACGAAAGCGCACCUCCAUCGCCGCGCCGGAGAAGCGCUCUUUGGAAGCCUACUUUGCCAUCCAGCCUCGGCCCUCCUCGGAAAAAAUCGCGGCUAUCGCAGAGAAACUGGACCUGAAAAAGAACGUGGUUCGAGUGUGGUUUUGUAACCAGCGGCAGAAACAGAAACGAAUGAAAUACUCUGCGGUGCACUGAGUUUCACACAUCAUCAUGAAUAAAAUAGCCUACUACAUUUUUGAUCGAGUGAUUAAUAAUAGCCUAAGUAGCCUAACUAACAGGGAUUAUUAACAGCUCUUCACGUCUCAUCUGGGAUUACCUGCAAAAGACUUUUACUUUGACAUUUUCUGUUCGUGUCACCCACUCCUUGUUGCACUUUUUAGCGAUUUUGUUAUUAAUAUCGGACUGAUAAAUGAUUGUGUUAUUGAUCCGUGAGGAGGCAGAUUUUGAUGUUGUUGCUCGUGUUUAUUGCACACACUAAAUAUGAACUUUGCACCCUGGCAGUUUGUCACAUUCAGGGAUAUUAACUCACUUUUUAAAAUGGAGUUAAAAUGGCCUCAAUGGUAGGCUGUUUGAUUUUCAGUGGUAUUAUACCAGGCUUUAAGAAGAGAAGGGAAUUAUGAUUUUUUUUUUUUUUAAAUCAGGAUCAAUGUUUAUCCUCAACUUCACUGACUCACAUUCGAAAUUUGUUUUUCAUACAUUUACAAGGUCGAUGAUGGAAACUAAUUUUCUCUGUUCGUGAAAUGUGUGAUAGUCAUUUACGCACAAAUAUGAAUAAUUACGCGUUCACACGGUAUGACACACUGAGUCUGUUUAUCUUGAAUUAUUUAGAAAAGGAAAUGACACCAUCUUAUAAAAUGAGGCACCUUUGUGUGGCUUUGGCUGCUGCUAUAUUUUAGUAUUUUGCUGUGAACGUGUUUUG